CAAAAGUCGUCACCCGGCCCUCUCUCUCUUUCGCGCUCUCUCUCUCUUUCCGCUAUGGUGACAGAUGGAGAAGGAGAGAGAGAGCGCGCGCGCACGUGCGAAGCUCGAGGUGCCGAGACUCCUUCGUCAUCGUCGUCAUCACCAUCGUUACACGCGUGUCGGUACUUUUUUUUUUUGCAGUGUGACGAUGCGAAGCAGUGGGCGCAUUAACGGGAGUACCGGAUAAACACCAGAGAUGGGAACCCUCUACCAGCGCGUGCACGGACUCGGUUAUAGCUGACUAAACACACUGCCGCGCGACCAUGACCACCGGAGCGCGCGCCAACUCAUCACCGGCGGUGGCGGCGCACGCGGAGGGCGACGAGAUCGAAGUGUUAGAGAGCGGAGAGACCGAAACCGGAUCUCACCCGGACACACAGUGGAAAUCUCUGUUUGAUAAGUAUGACCCAGAAAGUUCGGGCUUCAUCAGCGCCGAACGUUUGCGUGACCUUCUUGAGACGCAUGGCUCUGAACUCGACACACACAAGCUGGAGGUUCUGCUGGCGCUGGCUAACGGGAACGCUGAGGGAAAAGUCCGAUAUCAGGAUUUCAUGAACCUGAUGAGUAAUAAGCGGUCAAACAGUUUCCGGAGGGCGAUCCAGCAGGGAGGGAGGCAGCUGAAGAGCUCCAGCCUGAGGGAGGAGGUGGGACUCGGUUUGUCUCAGAGACUCGUCCGACACGUAGCGUACGAGACGCUGCCCCGGGAAGUGGACCGCAAGUGGUACUUCGACAGCUACACCUACUGUCCUCCACCCUGGCUCAUCCUGACCAUCACCAUCGCAGAGAUGGCGGUGUUUGUGUAUUAUGGGCUCCUGCUGGACCGCUGGGUUCUGCAGGUUUCGUCUCCGUCCUUCCUGAAGAGCCCUCUGCCCUACCACCCUCAGCGUAGAGCACAGGCCUGCCGCUACUUCAGCUACAUCUUCAUGCACGCUGGAAUCGAGCACCUGGGCCUAAACAUGGCCAUGCAGCUGCUGGUUGGUGUUCCUCUGGAGAUGGUUCACGGAGCCGCCAGGAUCGGCCUCAUCUACCUGUGCGGUGUUCUUGCAGGUGACGGUUCUCUGGUCGUAUCUGUGGUAGACAUGACUGCCCCUGUAGUCGGAUCAUCAGGAGGAGUUUACGCCCUCGUCUCCGCCCACCUUGCCAAUGUUGUCAUGAACUGGUCGGGGAUGAAGUGUCAGUUUAAGUUGUUCCGGAUGGCGAUGGCACUGGUGUGCAUGAGUGUGGAGUUCGGCCGUGCUGUGUGGUUGAGGUUUUACCCCCCUGCCGUGCCCCCGUGCCCCAAUCCGAGUUUCUGUGCCCACCUGGGUGGGGUGGCGGUGGGCCUGACACUGGGUGUGGUCGUGCUGCAGAACUACGAGCAGCGGCUGCAUGAGCAGUUCCUCUUCUGGAUCUUCAUGAGCGUCUAUGGCCUCUUCGUCCUCUUCGGGAUCUUCUGGAACGUCUUCGCUUAUAGCCUGCUGGACGUCAAACUCCCGCCAGCACCAUGAACAGCGUGCGUGUGUGUGUGUGUGCGUAGAGGUCACCAUAACCUUUAAUCUUUGACUGUUUGGCCAAAUGCUAAGUACCUCACUCCAUGCGUGUGUGUGUGUGUGUGUGUGUGUGUGUGUGUGUGUGUUUAGUGCCUAAACUGCUUCAUCAUCAUUGCUGUGAGCCGUCCAAGAAAAAGAAGAGAUGCAGCAGAACAGAAUGUGAAAGCGAAGGGAAAAGCAAAAAAAAAAAGAAGCGACAAACACAGAGUAAUCUAAUCCAAAUACAUUAAAGUGACAGUGAGCUAAGCUAAUCCUGCUAAUGUGGCUAACAGUGAAAUAGCGCUAAAAUGGUAAACCAAGAAUUAAUUAGCAAUGAUCGGUGGGAAAAUCAUUGAUGAUUUUGGAGAUAAUAUUAACUGGAUAAUUAGAGGUUCUUUUGGGCCUGUUAAUGACAAAAGUCUGGUACGAACACUACUUAAUAAUUAGCAGAGGGCGGACUCAAGUGGGGUUUAGAGACUAUCGCUCGCCCACUUGUAGCAUUUGUGUUUCACUUCUCGAUUUUAUGCUAAUUAAUUAUGACGUGAUAUAACAGUUUAAUCUUUAAGUACAAUUUAAACAUUUUAAUCAAAUGUUAUUUAUUAAACUUUACAGUGUACUGUAUGCUAUUUGGCCGCUACAGUUUUUUUUUAAUUUUUAUCGUGACUAAAAACUAGCUUUAUAUACCACACCCACAAGCGACAAACCAGAAGCAACAUCAGAGACUUGUGAUGUGUACGACUAUAAAUCUCAUAACCUUUAUAGUUUCUACAAAUUUCAAUAGAGUACACGCUUAGGAAGCUAUCAUAAGAGUUUGGGUCAUGAUGUCAUAUCAAAAUGGCUGCUCCAUGUUAUGUCAGUA